AUGGCCCCAGUGCUUACUGCUUAUCCGCAAGUCACGGCGACGCUGGUUCUGCUCCUGUCCAUGCUCAGUUACGCUGCUGGUGUGAAGCUGCUGGUGGUGCCAGUGGAUGGGGGUUGUUGGCUCAGCAUGUGGGAGGUGUUGGACAGUCUCAGGCAGAAAGGACAUGAAAUAGUCGUCGUUGCACCUUUUUCAAACAUACAUAUAAAACCAUCAGAGAAUUUUUUUAUGAAAAUGUAUCCAAUACCCUUCAUAAAGAAAGAAGUGGAUGGAAGUAUCCAUUCUUUUUCACAGGAUGUAUUUGAAGAAGGAUCUUUUCUGGAAAGAUUUCUUAAAGUACACCAGAGACUGAAAAGCAUUUCUGCCAUUACUCUCUCCACCUGUGCACACUUCCUAUACAACAAAGAGCUUGUCAGAUAUCUUGAGGAGAGCAAGUUCAAUGUUGUCCUUACAGACCCUGUACUACCCUGUGGGCAGAUACUGGCUGAGCAUCUUUCAGUCCCUUCCGUGUUUUUUUUGCGAGGAGCACCAUGUGGUUUAGAUUUUGAAACCACUCAAUGUCCCAGUCCCCCUUCUUACGUCCCCAGGGUAUUCACAGAGCUUACAGACCGCAUGAACUUUCUGCAGCGGGUGAAGAAUCUAAUCUUUGACAUCCGAAAUUAUUUUCUCUGCGAUUGUGUCUUUCAACCAUACGCAAAACUGACUUCUGAGUUCCUUCAGUGGCAUGUGACUGUGCUGGAUCUCUUACGCCAGGCUUCCAUUUGGCUCAUGAGGUUAGAUUUUACGUUAGAUUAUCCAAGACCUUUGAUGCCCAACAUCAUUGCAAUUGGAGGAGUAAACUGUGUUCACAAGAAGCUAACUCAGGUGGGUCAUGCUCUGUUUUUAAUUCUUGCUCUGAUCGACUUCUGCAUUUACAAGGGUGGAAUUUUGUAUUGCAGAUAA